ACAACUUUCGUCUGAAAUAUUUCUCUGUACAAGGCGUAGGAGAAAAGAUAUCUUGAUGCGAAAGUUAAAAAGCUGGGAGACACCCGGUAUAUGUGAAAGAGAGAAGAGCGAUUUGGGAACCGCUGCUAUCGGCGGCGAAUGCACGAUAAAAGCCCGAUGGGUGCGUGCGUACGCCUGUGUGUGCGCGCGUGCACGCGGCCGAGCCAUGGAAAUGGCACGGACAACGUCGACUCAGUGUGAAAAAACGUUCACGGAGGAAGUAUGGAGAUUAUUUUCUGAUAUAUAUACACGCCGAACGGGAGAGCGUUGAGGCAUCAUCCAGGCAGAUGACGUGGCCUACGAUACACCCAACUGGGUCGGCACUCGGUUGCUGACCACCAGUCGCCCCGUGUAUUGCCGCUGCGCGAAAAAAGCAUCGACACAUCGUAAUGCGAGGCAUAAGUUGUCACGAUGCGUGAUACAUACAGCACGAGCUAACGGUGUAACACUGUGAUUUUGUUGCCACUGCCGAGGUCAGUUUAACCAGUAAAAACUAGUGAAAGUACCUUCUCAUUGUUGAUUAAAAUAAUUAUUUUUUGAUGGGCUGUAAAUAGUAUUAUGAAAAUGUACAAGUUCAGACCAAAUCCAUGGAUUGUAAUACUAUAUAUCAGUAUUCUGUCAUAUAUCUCACAGGCACAGGCAGAAGGUAUUUCAUGUUUCAAAUGUCUCAAGUCAAGCACGAGACUAGAAGACAAAGAUCGACUAUGUUCUCAUUUUGAUGGGAGUGCCAAAUUUCAGGUGUUCUGCCCAACCUCAACGUUCUGUAUGAAAAGAACUAUUGAGUUGAGGUCAAAAACAUCUGUAGCGACCACUGUUCUGAGAGACUGCGCACCUCAGAAAUACACCUCUCAUGUUUACAAUGAAGAUAAAAGAAAAUGGGACAAAAUAGAGGAGAUUAUAAAAACUGCUUACGACGAAGGUUGCUUUAUUGGUGAACACAGAGGGUCACCAACUAAUCCACCAGAGUAUUGUUUCUGUAGUUUUCAUUUGUGCAAUUCAUCCCCCAUGCAAAUUGGUGUGCUUGGUAAAAUAUAUGGAAUAAUGUUAGUGCUAUUGAUUGUGGGAUUACUGUAAAGUUUUUUGGCAUGUGACAUGCAGUAUGUUACUUAAGAAAAAUGUUUCAUGCACGCGUCUUCCACAUUGAAUUUCAAAGUGCAAACAAAUCUUGCAUUUUUAUAAAACAUUGUUUGAAUAUUGUGUGGAACAAUAUAAAAAAAAAGCCACAUUGCAUGUGUGGUUUAUUCCAUACAUAAAUAACUAAUAUUCAUUUUACAAAAUGCAUAAUAGACAAUAUAUAGCUUUACAAUUUGAAUCUCGUACUAUUUAUAUUUAUGAUUGAAGUAAUAUGUGAUUGUGCAAUCAACAUCACGCAAAGAUUAAAAUCUUUUGAUAUACCUAGUCAAUUAUAAUAAAAAAAUUGUCUAGUUAAAAUAAUCAAUAAUUUCUCCAAGUUGAAACUACAAUUUUCAUUAAAUAUAUUUAUAAUUUUGAUCAGAGAGAUAACUAGAACAUAUUCUGCAAUGAUAUAUUCUACAAAGCACCGCAAUCCGUAUAAAAAUAUAUUUAUAUCGUUGCAUACAAGUGUGAUAUCUGAAAGUAGUGAAGAUAAGUGAAAUCAUAAAAGUCUCUAUGGUUAUAUCUUUUAGUAAAUUGGAGUGGAAAAAGUUAGCCAAGGUGAUGUGAUAUUGAAGUAAACUGCAUUUUGUAACUUUCAAAAGCAAAAGAUACGUCCAAGUUUUUAAUGGUUUGAAGAUUGCUGAAAUGGUACAUUUGUCUACAACUAAUUGUGAGAAAAAUCUACUAUCUCAAAUGUUCAUGGAAAAAGUGUACUUUAUGCAUGCAAGUACUUAGCGCUAAAACUUGAGCUGUGAAUAUGUAAACUGUAAUAUUAUAUUUAAAAUAUACUUAACGGUAACAAACGAAUUAUAAUUAUAAUGAAUUAGAAUUAUAAUAUUAAGUCUUUGCUCACAUAUUGAUAACAGUAUACAGUAUUUUCGUACUCACAAUAUUGUACAAAUUAUAAAUGUAUGUAUAUACGUGCUGUAAUAAUAAUUACACCAAUGCCUAUCACGUGAUACUUAUUUUUUCCCCUACUAUUGAGAAA